UCUAUCAAGCGACCGAAAAGCUCAACGACGAUGGCGGAUAAUCAAAACCCUAAACCCACCGGCGAUUUAGGUCGCAAGUACCGUAACCCGCCGGACGCGGCGAACCCAGAUCCUGCGACUAUGAGAGAGCAAUGGAGAUUCGCCGUCCGUCAAUAUAGCCGAUGGUAUUCCCACGCCUGGGGCACCGCUAUCCUUGCCGGCGUCUCCUUUUUCGCACUUGGCUGGAUAAUCAAAGGUUCCAAUCCACUUCCUUCUUUCAAUCAUGAAUCUGAUUCCAAACCUCGCAAACCUGAUUCACCGACGGCAUCAGAACGCCGAUAAUCGCAAGGUUUCCCUGACCACCGUACCUUCAUAAUAAUAAUGCUUCAAUUCCAUAGCUGCUGUAAUCUGUAUGAAUAUGCGUUUCUAUGAAUGAUGAAUCAAACUUGUAAAAAUUGCUGGAAAUGACCAAAAAUGGUUUUGAUUA